AUUGGAAGUUUAUCCCUCCUUCCUGUUCUUUCUAGCCAUGGGCGGAGUCUACCACCCGCGCGUUGCUGUUGGGCUUGGCAUCACCUGGAUCAUUGGGAGAGUCCUCUAUGCCUAUGGCUAUUACACAGGAGACCCUGGAAAGCGAAACAGAGGGGCCAUUGGUUCGGCUGCACUCAUCGGCUUGGUGGGGAACACUUUGUACUCAGCCGUCCAGCACCUCGAGUGGGUCUCCACUGAGUAGCCAGCCUCCAUCCCCCUUCACAGCUUUCUGGAGAAUCUCCAAGGUGUAGAGUGUUGGGGUUUUUGGGGGGAGAAGGUGAUUUUGGAUAAUAAACUUAACUAGUUUUUUCCUAAUUAAAAUUCAAAGGAAUUAAUUGUUUUCAUCUUGAAA